AUGACAUCUCUCAAAACUACGGAUAUGAACUACAACAGAAAGACCGCCUGGUCUGGAAAGGUCCUCAUCCCAAUGUGGACAAUUCAAAUUGGAGCGACACUAUUAAAUAUCAUUGGUUACAUAUGGUACCUGGCAUUGUAUAGAGACUACAACUGGGAUUAUACCUUUGGAUAUGACGAGAACCGUGCGACCUUCGGAUACAUCUCAGCAGUCAUCCUCGUCAUCUUGUGGUUCUUCGCUCUGUUCAUGAUCAUGUUCGAGAUCGUGAGGUUCCACAAGAAGAACCUGCCUUCAAAGACGAUGCUUACGUCUCAAAUUAUCCUGAGUGUCUUCUGUACCAUCUGCUUCAUCCUCGAACUUCUUGGGAUCUUCAUCAACAUCAGUGGCGGAAUUAAGACAUUGCUGAAUUUUUUCGGAACAAUCAUUGCACUGCAUGUUAUCCCCCAUGUUUCUAAGGUUCUGCAAUGCUGA